GAUGCCGCGUGCAAUGGAAUAUUGUCAAGUUUUCCUUAUGGACUCUCAGUUACUGCGAGUCUGACGUUGCGACCGAAGGGUUACAGCAAACAGUGUUAUAUAUACGGUCAGCAUCCCCACAAUUGUUGCUGCCGCAUACGGGAGGUUAUCUUGCUUAAUUGACCAGUGGUUAGAUUGAAAACCUCAGAGCGGUUGUGAGUGAGGAGAUCAAUGACACAGUUUUAAUUUAAGAUAUUGUUGCAAAAAUGGAAGUUUGCACAUAAGAUGACGGAAUCGUGCCAUCUCAGAAGUGGCCAUUCAAGUACAUAAUACAUAUUUAAAUCGCACUUAGUUUCAAUGGAUGGCGCUUCACAAACCCGAGUGUUGAAAUUGUCGUUGAUCAUCACAGCGGCAGUGAUGACGGUCAUAGCUAUGAUGAAUCUUAUCAUCGAUGAUGCCGGCCAUCAUUACAGUGUGGUUCUUGACGAACACAUGCAAUCGACCCGACCCUACCCAGCCUCUAACGGCAGCCUGACCGCGGCCGGUCAGUUCUACGACGAGCUGCGCAGCUACAGCGCCGUCUGCAGGAGGCGUGUGAGGCUAGGGGGCAACUCCUGCAGGACGCACGGCAUUCCUCAGCUCGAGCUGUGCAUGGAGCAAGCGGUAAUGCCACCACACACGCUGUGCGUGGUUUACAGUUUCGGACAAGACGUUAACCUGACCUUCGAGGAGAGCGUCUGGGCAGCGCGAAACUGCAGCAUUCACAUGUUCGAUCCCACGAGUCAGGCUUCGUCCCCGAUACCUAUUUACCUUGAGGGUGGCGACUUUCAUCACCCUGUGGGCUUGAUGAACAUGUCUGCGGACUUCAAACCUCGGCACGGCCACUCCAACGUGGACUGGGAGGUCGUGGGCCUAAUCCUAGAGGCGUACAAGUCCCUCCACCCCUUGGUUCACGUCCUCAAGCUGGACUUGCAUGGAGCUGAGUGGGAGGCGCUGGAGCGGCUGUCUGCGCUGGGUUUGCUGGAGCGCGUCCAGCAGCUCACCGUCACACUGCACACCUGGCACCUGAAGACCUUGCCUUACGACCACUGGUUCGCCCUCCUGCAGCGGUACCGGGCUACUCUGUCAGCGGUGUCAGCAGCUGGGCUGCGUCAGGUGGCCUACACAGAGUCAGCAGGCCAGCUGACAUCCAUACAAAUGCCGACGGAAGACCGGCCGCGGCGGACGUGUUUGGUUGCUCUAUUUACUCGACACGCUAACGAAUCGAGCCAACAUCGACCGCAGUGAUCGGAGGACUUCAUACUCACGGGCCAUACUGUCAAAAAUUCGAGUUCGUAGCUCCGUCGGUCAAUCAUGGACUGCUUUUCAACAUAAACCUACUUAUCACAGACGAGAAAUUGAUAACAUUACCGGUACUUUUAACCAUAAAUGUACUGAAGCGAGUUUUGAUAGUACGGUUAGAGGACUUUAAGAGUAAAUGAAGACAUCUGAUUAUUACGAGUCUGAUACUUCGACACCGACGACGGAGGUACGAUCACAAGAGAUACCUCUACAAUGACAAAACCCCCUUGUUGCUGCAAAUAAUUUAUAAUUUUAUUGUAUUAUUGUGUCUUCAGUUAUAUUGUUUUAUAGUUUUGUUAGUUUAGUUAGAUUCGUCAGAAAAUCGGCGAUUCCAAGUACUUAUCUUAAUCAAAUAGUGUCGGUAAAUGAUGCAAAAUUUUACUGUUUCCAUCGAACUUAAAGCCUUGUUUGUAUUCAAUUUUAUCCAGUUGAUGCAACGCUAAUUUGUACGAAUUGAUGAUCAGUAAAGUAUGUAAUAUUCGUUCAA